CACGGGCUCGGCGGGCAGGUGAGUCCGGGCGUGAGCACCGCGUUGUGGCAGCGUGGUAACAGCUUCCUUGAAGACGAGAGCAGGCACUGCCGCUGCUGCUGGUGCUGGUUCUGAGCAAGCCUCCAGCCCUCUUCCCCAGCACGCUUUCCCCGGUAGGGGGCUCAGCGUGUUCUGGGAUGUUGCCUUCUCUCUGGUACAACAAUAAUACUGCCAUACGGAGGGGGAGAAGAGGAGGAUGGAAAAAGUAUUUUUCCCUCUAAUGCUGCAUUAGUUUCACAUUAGAGUUCUGCACUUCUGCUUGUUUUUCCUACUGUGCAAGUCUCUGGUAGAGCUCUGCUGAUAACCUUGGCCAGCUAAUUCUGUUCUGGGAUUGUAACGCGUUGCAUCGCAUUCUGUAUGACAGGAAAGGCACCUUCCCCUUUAACGAGGCACAUAUGUCUAAGAAUUUCUGGGGGUGGAGUCACUGCUUGAGCAGGCUGCAUAAAAGCGUGCAGGAUUUCCAGCUGCCUCAGACUGCCAGCAGCAUGAACUGCAGCCUGCCACACCGAGUGCUGCUCAGCUCUCCGAUGGAGGGGCAGCAGGACAGGCUGUGCCUGCAGCCUCUGUGGGACUUUGUCACUGCAAAGGAGCCGUUGAUCAAGUCACCGUUUUUUCCAGUGCUGUUUUCUUUUGCAGCAUACAUGGCUUUCUGUCUUCCGUAUAUUGCACUGGACUUUUUAAGCAUUAAACUACCAGACUUGAGAAGAUACAAAAUCCAGCCACAGAACUAUCCAAGUCUUGGAAUGAUGGUGCCUUGCAUUAUUCAAAGUGUAUAUCACCAUGUUGUUUUGAUCUUCCCGGUGACAUUCCUACACUGGUACUGGAGACCCAUGAAUCUACCAGUGAUAGCUCCAGAGCUGCCUGAAGUCCUGCUGCAAGUAACAGUUUGUCUGCUGCUAUUUGAUUUUGAGUACUUCCUGUGGCAUUUGCUUCAUCACAAGGUGCCUUGGCUCUACAAGACCUUCCACAAGGUGCAUCACAAGCACAUGUCGACAUUCGCCCUUACUACACAGUAUUCCAGCACAUGGGAGUUGCUUUCACUGGGAUUUUUUGCUGCUAUAAACCCACUGCUCCUGGGAUGCCAUCCUUUGACAGAAAUGAUCUUCUUCCUUGUAAACAUUGGUUUGUCAGUGGAGGACCAUUCUGGAUAUGACCUCCCAUGGUCAACUCACCGACUUGUGCCUUUUGGAUUGUAUGGAGGAGCACCACAUCACGAUCUCCACCAUCUGAAAUUCAAAUCAAACUAUGCUCCUUACUUCACACACUGGGACAAACUUUUCGGGACAUUCACAGAGUCACAUUCCAAUUAAGAAUAUUUACCUGUGGAUGAACUCUUAUUUUUUAUAGACUAAACUGGGACAUUAUUUUUUUAAAGAGAUACAGAAGAUUGUAUAUUUGAAGCUGCCUACAAAAGCAAUAGUUAUUUAUAACAAAUCCUCUUAAUAUAUUUGUGUAUUUGUGUGUGUACUUGGAACUGCCUGUGUUAAGGGACUGCAAAUGGAAAAGUGAAUAUCUGUUGCUUAAAUUUUAGUCUAAGGUUUAAGGGAAGCAUUAAGAGACAUUCUCUCUCCUUUCCUUCUUUCCAGCUUUCAUAAAGCAUGUAUCGUGUUACUGUAUGAUGUUUUAUACAUACGCCAGAACAUUAUCUUACUCUUGUAGGAUGAUUUAUGAUGUAAACAGAAAAGGUAUGCAUCAUGGAUUUUGUGGAGUUUAAUCUGCCAGAAAAAAUUGUUAUGCAAUGAUUUUGCAAAAUAUUGCUGCCAAGUCAGGGUGGUUGGCUAACUGUUAAAUGAUUUUGAUAUUUAUAUUUUUACCUUGAUCUACUGUCCCUUUUUAAUAGAGAAUAAAUAUGCUCAUUCUUUUAAAAUCAUGUUGCUCAUUCUUUUAAAAUCAUGUUAUGUUUCAUUUUAUUAAUUCCUCUGUUCAUAUUAGGAACAGGUAUGGUUCCUUGUGCACAGGUGUCAUUUAUUUGAAUUACAGAAUCAUAUAAUUGUUUAGGUUGGAAAAGACCUCUAAGAUAGAGUCCAACCAUUACCCUAACACUGCCAAGUCCACCACUAAACCCUGUCCCUGAGUGCCACAUUUACACGUCUUUUAAAUACCUCCAGGGAUGGUGAGUCAGCCACUUCCCUGGGCAGCCUUAUCCUGU